AUGAAAUCAAAAGACAUGUCGGAAGAAGAUCCAAAUUCCGAUGAGGUGGUCCCGAUUCCAGUUCAGAUUUUCCUGUGGAGACAAACCACGCCGUUCGUGAGACCGCGCCUAGGCAAAGUCCACGAUGCGGCCUGCAUGUUCUGUCAACGUGCUCCUGGACACCAUGAAGUGAAAGAAGCUUGUAAGUCAUUUGAGAAAGUACUAGUCCAGAACUUGCGGUUUGGACUGUCCAUCAGUUUAGCCGACGCUAUAGGAUCUAUUCCACGAUGGAGACUGAUACAAGCCUCGCUGCCUCAUGUGAUGCAUGCUUUGGCUGCUCUGUUACACAACAGAGUGAAAGACAACAUGCAGUCUUUGGGCAAUGUGGAAACGAAGUUACUUUACACCUUGCAUUGGAUCCUCCUUGAUGCAUCCGAUGAAUGUAUUGAAGCCGACUAUGAAAAUGGAGUGUUCUACUCAAACCCUUUCCAUUAUCUCUUUUCUAUACCUGCUUUAACCCUGUUUGUGUUCCUGUUUGCACCCCUGUCUCACCACCUGAAAGAGUCAGACUUCACAAACAACUAUCGGUUAGAGAAUGGCCUUAAGAUGUGGCAAGCUAUGUGGGAGUUCAGGCACCCUGAAGCCCCAUGUUUCACCACACUGGUCAAGCCAAAACCCAAGCCUUUAGGUGGUAAACUGUCUAAAGAAGAAGGAGGCGGAGGUAAUGUGAAUGGGAGCCCACCGAGUCAGAACGUGUCGAUAUCACAGUCGGAAGUGACGUCGAAACAGGCCAGUACUGAAGAAGAACCAUGGCUGUCUUCACCUAAAGACACUAUAUUCCCUGAAACUAUACCUGAAGAGAGUUCUAGCACUGAAGAAGAACAUGUGUUUAUCUACCGACUACCUUCGGAGCAAAAUUUUGGCGGCGCAGUGAAAGAAGCGUAUACGGUGUACGCGGCUGAUCCAAGUAUAUUUCAACCACGGAAAACGGAUACGUCAAAGCAGGGACUACCGGGUAUCAAACCUUUGCCACAGAUUACUAAAAUGAGUUCAUCGGAUAAAGAGUCACUGUCGGACAGUGGCGGCGGCGGAGGCGGACCUACCAAGGAUACUCCCACAACAGAAAAACCACCAUCUGCUAAACAAGGGAAUGUCUCUGCUGCUACUUUCCUAGAUGUAGCUACAUUGCGGUGUUUAUUUACUUCUCAAUGGCAAGAAGAAGGUGUGUAUUGGGCACUGCACUACUUGUACAACAGGUUACGAGAUAUAUGCGAUGAUAUGUCAAAACAAACGCAGCCAAGAAAGAGGAGCAAUUCUUUGCCUAUACCCAAAAUUGAGGUCUCCGUAUACCAGAGUCCUGACAUAAAAGAUCGUGACUCGCUAAAGAACUUCAUCGAGGUCCCAGAAGUUAAGGACAUGUCACCAAUCACAGAGAUGCCGUUCACUUCACCAACCAAAACAGAAGAUGACAACAUCAUGACGAGAAGAUCCAGCGAGAAGAUAAAGCGAAAAAUGAAAAUGGCCGACCUCAAAGCCUUUGUAGAAACGAAACUACUAUCCAAAUCAGAAAAGGCUCUAGAGAAAAUUGGACACGAUGACCACAAGUUCUCCUUCCACUCCGCAGUUAGGAUGCUAUCUGAAUACCAUAGGAGCUUGGACAAUACGGAUGAUCGUCCUAAUUCAGCGCUUGCGAGCAACUUCCCGCCUCUAGCCCCCAGGCUCACCGGCGAUAUGUUCCAUUGCAAUCUUAUCAAAGGCAAAAGUAUGCCCAGCCUUAGCUGUUUGAUUGAUGAGCUAGCAUCCAAUGGGUACAUUGAAGAAGUGAAGACAGAACGCACGCAGGGACCUUCCCACACGAUGCCUACCAACGCACAGAAGAAGAAGAACCCGAUCAUUACUGUGACGGAACACACACCUACGCCAUCACCGGAUUAUUUGUCUAAGACUAGACAAGGAUCACUGGAGUCUCAAAUAGACUCAGUCAGCAUGCAAGGCUCCCAACAUAUUCCGACGCCUGAACGCAAGCCAAGCCUGACUCGGUCGCAAACAGAUUCCAAUAUAACAUACGUCGUAGAAGAAAUACAAGAGGCGCCUGGAUCCAUUCAUUAUAUAACUAAAGAUGGGGAUAUUGACUUCCAAGUGGUUCUCAAGGCGGUAUACUCAGUGUCAACGAUGGACAGUUUCUACAUAACCCUCCGCGUCAUGGAAGUUAUGCUCAACUUAGUCGACACACUGAUGGAAAUGGGGGUUCACAAAAAUUGGCAAACUGGCAAGAAUGACGACGUGCAACCAGGGAAUAUUGACCCUUUGGGAGACUUUAAUAAAGACAAGGACAGCAAAGAAAGGGACUCUGGUAUUCCAUGCGCACCAAGCCAGGACUCCACAAACCUUGAAGGUGGAGAUAGUACAAAGGAAAGAACAAAGGAAGAAGACAACAUGGAUUGUCCAUAUUACAUGAUCAUGCAUGUUAUACUACGACUACUACGUCAGCUAGGCUGUUCACACGGUUGUACGACCGCUCUCCGCGGUCCUCAAGCAGAAUGCCUAAGAGUUCAAGCACGGAACUCUCUCCGCCAACUGCGGGCAGCUUCCAUACCCAAGUUUACGACCCGGUUGAAGGAAAUGACCAAGUAUGCUCCUAUACGAGAAGUACUGGAUAAUUUGCAUGCAGCCGUUGGGUUCUGUGCUGAACCUGCUACUUUGGUAUCGCCUAUGAACCAACAAAAACGUAGCAACACAAAGUCUCCUGACAUAAGUAAUCUGCAAACUGGUUACGCAACGAACUUCGGGGCUGGCCAGGGUCCGAAUGCAAGCCGCGCUAUAGAGACGUUCAUAAUCGAAACUACGUUCCGCGUACUCGUCACUCGGUUCGCUUUGAUGCACAAGGAACUAAAAAUGCUUGAUAAUUCUACGUUAUAUAUGGAAGUUCGUCUGCUACUAAGCUACGUGCGCGAGGCCCACGGCGGUGAGUUCAGAGUGGUAGCAUUCAGCGCACUUAUGGACACUGCAGAAAGACCUGAUAGUCAACAAAAGGAAUCUAAUAUGCAAACUACUAGAGUUAUCAGGCACAUUCCUCGUCAAAGUGAAGAGGAACGCGGUUCGGACACGGGCGCUGACUCAGGCUGUGCUCCUGACGAGAGAUCACACAAGAAGUUCACUUUUAAGAAGAGGAGCACUUCAUCUACGGGAGCACAUAGCCUCUUAGAAACAGAAGGUGGUGAAGAAUCAGCGAGUCAGUCUCCUUUAUCAGUUCGUACGAGACGCUACCAGUUGACUCCGCGGCAGUCUGAGCGAACAAUCCCCUCCGCGUCUUCUGCAGACAUCACUCCACACCACAAGAUUUCACACUCCAAGUCCAUUCCCUCGAAGUUCCAUAUCGCUGGCAUAGUGAACUGGUUCCGUCAAAAGCCACAUCAUUCUCAAUCGUUGAUUCGUAAUGGAGGUGGUUCUGGCGAAUCGCUUCCGAUCUCCGGCAGUAUGAUAUCGUUGGCUAGACCUCCACAUUUACCACCGCCGCAUACAUCAAGACCUGUGCAUGUUAAACGAAGAGUUGGAUAUACAUUGAACAGGGCUCGGAAAAGGGUUGAGGAUCGACUAAAUAGGUUUGGUCUAAGGAAGAUGGGAAAGAAGAGAGAUGGCAGUAUCGAAGACACAAGUGGUGGAUAUAUGUCGCGGCGUGGCUCUGCAGAAGGCGGGUCAGGUGGUGGCGAAUCAGAAGUCGUAAUACUAAAGCGCCGUCGUCUAGUAGCGGCCGCGCCACUGUACGCAGGGCUGGCGAGGUUCAGUUUCUUACUAGAUGCUACACAGCCAGGAGGAACGCCAGACGCACUUUUCAUGGCUGCGUUAUUAGAUUUGCCCCAUACAGUUGUAGUUGCAAGAGCAGCGAUGUUACUAGAAUGUGCACAUUUGGUACAUAACUGCAACAAGGGUCAGUGGCCUUACUGGCUUAAAUCUAACACUUCUAAAGCUGCUGUAUCUUUAAAUCCUCAACUAAAGAGACAACGUCUGGCUGGAAAACUAUUUUACCAAUGGGCGGAGGCGCUAGGAAACCGACUGGAAGAAAUGCUGAUUGAAGACAAAAAGCACGUUGAUACAGUUGUCAACUUAGUGAAUGAUCCUGAUGGACAACGCGAACUUCUGCAGCAAGAUGAAGAAGAGGACUUCCUUGAUGAAGCCAGUAUCCGCCUGCCUGGGAAACCAGUGGGUGCCGACUGUCCUCGAGCUCUCAGAAUAAUUGCUUGCGUACUUCUAUUCGAAAUAACUGCGUUCCUACGCGAAACCUACCAGAACCUACCCAAGACAUGCCGGUCCUCAUUAAAGGAAAGAGGACCUUGGGACCGCGUUUACAGGGAAGCUAACCGUCGAUGGAGUAUGGCUCUAUCGAGCAUGGGCCAUUCUCAGGCGUCUGCGCAAAGCUUGCAAUCUAUUGCGGGAGCAGAGACUGAGAGGAAAAUAUCGUUCGUCCUGCACGAACCUGAGAACGUAUCUGGUGGGAGUAAUGUAACCUUAGCGGACGCGAUACCUCCAGCAGUUGACGACAAGAAGGGUCGUCUCGGGUCUCGUGGCAAGGCAGGCAUGCAUCGCCGAAACACACAACAAACGCACUCAGCUUACGGCUCGUUCAAACGACGAUCCAUAAAACUUAGGCAGAAAGACACUAGAGAUGUCGUCGAUGAAUUUGUAACAAGGAGAUCUGAUUCAAUACAAAGCAGACGAAAGGUGUCUUCACUGUCUGAUAGAAGUGACACUUCAGAAGUUUAUCCAGGGGCAGGUGGAACUGUAAUAAUGUCAAAUGAAGUGGACAGUGGAGGUGAGGAGAGUCCAGGAGUUCUUUCUGAUGACCAUGAUCAUCCUCCGGACAGCCCGGACAGCAAUUCCACUGACCCACCUGAUACUAAUAAAGGAUUUCCAUGGCUCAAGGUUAUGGUGAAGUUCCUUAACUCUUUCAACUACGUAUGCUGUCAUCAGAACUUCUGCCAUCCUUAUUGCUUCCGUCGAAACAUGAGAGCCAGUGUUAGACUCAUGAAAUCCGUUCAGAAGAUAUAUGGCGAGAAAUUCGGUCCAGAAAUUAAUACGACGAGCUCUGAUGAAGGAAACGGUGGGACGCGAAGAGGACGGCGGUCACGCAAGUCCUCUGAGCAUUCCACAGAUAGGAUUGAAAGGUCAGUAAUCGAAAGUGCUGGCUUAGCGUAUAGGGCCGCAGGAGGUGAACAGACCAAUGUUGCAUCCGAAGGAGUACCUACAAAACCUGCCGCCAUGCCAUAUCCUCCUGCAGAUCCACCACCGAUCCUCAAAUAUCUGAAAGGACAGGUCCGAGACGCCUAUCACACACCUUUAGCAACAUUGAUCAAAGGUGCGACCACUAUGGGUGAAGAAAUGUUCGCAGAAUGUGCCCCCGUUGCGUGGCAGUUGUUGUUGGAAUCUGAUCGAGAACUAAGUUCCUGUGCCGCUGCAUUGUUCAUUCUCGCUGCAGUAAAAGCACCCAAUACUGCCACAGAAAUCAUGCAUAAUGAUUUGAAACAUGCUGAGCCGAGUACCAGAAUAAACGCAAUCCUGAGAUUCCAAGUAAUGUGGAAGUUAAGAUAUCAAGUUUGGCCGCGUAUGGAAGAAGGUGCUUCAGUGACUUUCAAAGUUCCGCCUCCAGGAAUAGAGUUCACUUUGCCUUCUCCUAAAAUCGGUAUCGAAUCGUUAGCUGUAGUAGACCCACCGUGGACCCCACAAGUUAAGGAUAAAGACAUGGAGAUGACGUUAAAUCAAGAAAGACACCGUUCUCUGGUAACAGCAACGAAGACUCGUAAGAAACAGCAAACGGAGGCAAUAAAACGAGCAUUACAACAAAGAAAUGACAAGAAACGUGCGGAACGAGAGAGUUUCCUCAUUACAACUAUACCAAUUACAAGGCAAGCGGCAAGGGAACCAGCGUUAGAUCAUGCUGCAGAUGAUCAUGUUGACCCACCAGCAGAUGAGGAAUUGGUAGAAGGUGUCCGUGGAUCCCAUCAUACACAAGUAGCUUCAGCGCUCUUCCCUUCGACUUUGUGCUCGGCUGUGGCUGAGAUCGUGUCGUUACUAGACGAUGCUGCUGUUUCAAGAGAUGGCUGUUCCGUUUAUGAAGUCGCUUACCAGGUGAUCUGGUGUUGUCUCGUCGAAGACUCAGCGCUCUUUCUCCGACAUGUUCUUGAACGACUAACUCGAGAUCAUCAGGACGAAAUGUUCAAGUUACUGAGACAUUUAAUUCGGUUCAUACCAAGGUUACCACAACAGGCAGCGUUCGCACUGUACAACUAUAUCAUAGGAUACGUCAUGUUCUACGUAAGGAGUCCCCAUGAAGAAGGACAAAGGCUGGUCGGAGCUGCAUUGUCGAUUCUGUGGAUGGUGGUCCACAGUGUCCACGGUAUAAUGUUUAAAGAUUUGAAACAGAUAUUGCGUAAAGAACAAUGCGAUGCGUCCAUAUUGCUUACGGCUAAUGUGCCCGCAGCAAAGAAGAUUGUCGUUCAUGGCCCACCUGACAAUGAAGGUUGCAUACCAUCUCAAUUCCCAGUUCAAGAAGAUACGGUAUUUGCGCAAAUCCUGAAGGAGUCUUUAGAUUUCUUUGGCAUCCCAGAAAAAUUACAUAAAGAACAUUUCCUUGUUGAUUUCAAAACACGUCAAAUCCACAAUCCGCAAGGCUACGUGCGUGACCAUUACUUCUUCAAGCGCUCGCAAUACCCACAGCUCUGCCUCGUACACAUGGAACCAGACGAAGCGUUCCAAAAACUCCAAGAACAGGAACUAUUGCAGAAAUUCGUUGAAAUCGGAAAAGUGUUGCUAACUUGGGCUAUUUUGAAAAAUGUUGACAUGGUGGUACAACGUGUAGUAUUUCUUCACGACGAACUGAUGAAGCUACCGUCGUUUCCCCGCAAGGCUUUGGAAGCUGACUUAGUUCUAUACAGUCGAGGAGCCUUAGGUUCCACUCUGCUAGGCCUAGAUGUGUUACAUAAGUUCAUGUGGGUUCGCCUCAUAGCUCGUAUGUUCGAGGCGAUGGCCGGUAACUUUACAUCAUCUCGCGACAUUCACUUGUUCCUAAACGUCCUCAACGGAGCUCUCAUGCUGCAUAGUGAAGAUUCUCUAAUACUGCGAUAUGUAAUCGCUACUUAUGUCAAUGCUGCUUUCAAUUUUAAGAGCAUUUUCUCUACUAACGGGUAUUUGCUUAUCAUGCCAACUCUACUGCAAAUAUAUUCCAACUUCCAAACAAAUAAACUGGUAACGACCACGAUAGAGUACGCCGUCAAACAGUUUUACUUGUUGAACCGAAAGCCGUUCAUACUACAAAUGUUUGGUUCCGUGUCCGCCAUUUUGGAUACAGAUGAGGAAUCUACUUAUGGAGAUGCUAGUAAGGUCCAAUCCAGCUGCCUGUUCAACUUACUCCUAAGUCUGGAGACACCGUCUCCUGACCCGCUUCAUAUCGCUGAACUAAUCAAGGAAGAGAAGCCACUAAAGCCGAUAGACUUCUGUUAUCGUGAUGAGGAGGAGAUGGUGAAUGUGUUGGACUGCAUCAGCCUUUGUGUCAUGGUUGUUUCCUAUUCUGCUGAGAGUAUGAGGGGGUAUCAGAUGCUAAUCAUAUUGGAAGCAAUACUACCAUGUUACGUAAAACAAAUACAACUGCCAACAUACAAUCGCGAGGGGAAGACGGAGAAGGAGAUCAUCCAACAACUCGCAAUUGCUAUCAAAACGCUCGUCAACAACUGCGAGGGACUUUCUAAAUCGUACAACGGCCCUUAUAGAACGUCUCCGGAACAUAAAGGUUCGUCACAGAGGACGGGGCCACGGACGGCUGCGGCUACAAUCAUCGCAUUUGAGGAGUCGCACUCUAAGUACGAUAACUCUAAGAUGCCUGUUCCUGAGUAUACUGGCGCUGAAGACUCGGAGCUGGUUCGAGCAGAGUAUCGUAGACCACGCGAUGUUUUACUCUCACUAGUUGGCGAAUUCAUCGGCCGAGCAACUAGCCGUUUGUUAGAAAUCAACGGAUCUAACCGGAGUGGCGGCACUGAGGGUAAACCAGUUGAAUUGCUGGAUUCCAAGUCACAUGCUCGACUAGCAGAAAUAGCACACUCUCUACUGAAAGUGUCUCCUUACGACCCGGAGUCCAUGGGCUGUAGGGGAUUACAGCGAUACAUGACGCAAGUACUGCCUGCAGCCGACUGGGCCGACGACGCCUUACGACCGGCACUUAUCAUGAUACUAAGAAGACUUGAUAAAGUGUUCCUCAAAAUCGCUAAGAAACCUAGCAUCAGGAGAAACACCGAUUGGGAUUCCGCUGCAGUUUUAUUGAAAGGAGUUUACGAAACAAUGAUACGGUGUCCGUACAUAAUGCAUUGGCAACAUGUGAAAACUCUUCUCAAUACUGUACAGGCCCUCAUAGUGUCAGACAACAACAGUGGCGAGAACUUAUCAUCGGCGACUGCAGCACUAAUGUCGCAGCCACCCCCUCCACAUUUCUGCAGUACUGUCGUACGACUAAUCGCGUUGCAAAUCAUUAAUACAGGGGAUAGUUAUUCUUUGGAACAAAUGUGUGGAGGCAGCGCAUCGUUCCCUACGGGAGAAAAAACUGAAAACAUGUUGAUGAAUCUAUUCAUGCCACUCUGUUUGCGCGUUGGAAGUGGUAGAAAAGACGUACCACCUCUGCGUCAAUCAGAUGUAAGCUACCUAGUAUCGGUAGUACUAAACGCACUAUGUCCCCCGGCGCCGCCCGGACAACUAGCUGCAGUGAACGCCAAGCUCAAUGCUUCCGACAACCGCGCCAACUCACUCACAUUCACUGGCAGUAGAGAUGCAAGGAAUACUACACGAUUGUCUAAUCAACUGUAUAGGAUUGCUUUCUUAGCAUUGAAAGUAAUGUGUGCAUGCUUCACAAGUGAGCUAUGUACGGAGUGGGGUCGUAUAGCGCGCGCCAUGAGGGACCUCGGCCGCCGGAACGAGGCCGCGCACCAUCUCUGGGACUUUCUGGAACAUGUCGUCACUUACAGGACGCCGCUGUAUAUUCUGUUACAACCGUUUAUUGUGCAUAAGCUCUCCCAGCCACCAAUCGGUGACAACGAGCGCCAUAUGCAGUUUGUAGUACGGGAGCGAGUACGAGGACUCAAACUGCCCGCCGCACGGGCCAGGGGGGCGUUACUGGCUGAACUAGCAAGGGAACUCAGGCAUAUGAGGGAUACACAUGAUCAAUAUAAGUUUGAGCAAAUAGCUGAAAACCUCGGCCAGGCGGCUGGUAAACGAGCAUCGGAAGUAUUCCCUCGUACUACAACAGUACCGGACAAGCACCAACAACACAGACCCUCACUUAUAUCCAUGUUGGUGGGACGCGGGGGAACUGGAGGGUUACCGCGCACUCCCGACCAUCCUUCUGCACCGUUGUCUGCGCAAAGAGAAUCACUAUCAAGCAGUUCGACUACAAGUCAGCACAUGCCGACGUUCGAGGCGCAGCUCAAUAGCGGCCGAAUGAGUGACAACAGUAAUAAUAAUGCUGGCAGUGGCAACUCUCAUAUGGGUUCAUUGAAUAACUACGGAAGUGAUAAGCCUACCGCUAGUACGCCGUCCUACACAAGUACACAAACGAAACUGCGAUUUGUUCCUUCGGUUGAACUGAAGUUCACGAGUGGUGAAACAUCAAUGAGUCCACUGUCCCCGAUGUCUCCGGGAGAAGCAUCUUGUGGGGAGAGUGUUCCAGCGCGGGCCUCCCUGGACAGCGACAUGUUGGUGGGAGAUCACUCCGACACUCCCGACGCUGGGGAACGACCUCGGCUACAACGAGCACAUGGACCUUCGAAGAAGACUUUCAAAUUCCGACGUAGUAGGCACACGAAGCCGGAUGUGAGCCACGUCCGCCUGGAAUCAGACGACGGUUCCUCCCCUGGGCCAGAGACUACUCCUCUACGCCGCGCCUGGUCACAGCCACCCUUCCUACAACCAGCCUACAUCAACACAGACACGUCAUAUGACAGUGAAAUCUCGCAGACGUCCUCCACGUCUGGAUACAGGGAGAGCUACAGCCUGCAGGCGUCGAUGACGGAGUCCCCGGGCGGCAGCGCGCGCGUGGCGCUGGCGUCGCCCGAGGCGGGCGAGGCGGGCGCGGCGGCCGCGGACGGACGCUCGUGCAGCGCCACGCCGCACGCCAGCCCCGACGCUUCUCUAAGCUGCGAAUCGGGAACAUCGUCUGCAGAACGGACCGCCUUACUUGGUGCUGCGAGUCAGCGUUCUCUAUUGUUGAGUAGCGACUUGCGAGAUGAAGACACUCUACUUUGA